AAAAUAUUUCAAUAAUAAAGAUGUUGGUGGAAGUUACAAUGUUGGAUGGAUCUGUUCUGCCUGUAGAGGUUUCCAGCAAAGCUACUGGAGCAGAUCUGUUAGAGAGUGUGGCGACUCAUGAAACAGUAAAUCUACUCGAGAAGGAUUACUUUGGGUUUAAAUACUUUGAUAAGAAGGAUGAUAUAUACCUGUGGGUCCAGAGUGACAGGAGGCUCAACAAACAGAUCAAGGAACCAAUGAAAUGUCUUUUCCAGGUUAGAUUCUACCCACCUGACCCUUCACAGCUUCAUGAAGAUCUUACACGAUACCUCCUUUGUCUUCAAAUUCAACAGGAUGUGAAGAGUGGUAAGCUACCCUGUAGCUUUGUCACGCAUGCGCUGCUCGGCGCUUAUCUUGCGCAGAGUGAGCUAGGGGACUAUGAGCCAGUCGAUCAUGGGCUCAAUUGCGACUAUAUCAGAGAAUUCGAUUUUGCUCCGAACCAGUCUGAAGAUCUUCUAGAGAGGAUUAUGGAAGUUCAUAAAACAUUAAAGGGACAGACCCCAGCUGAAGCUGAGCUGCACUACCUGGAUAAUGCUAAGAAGCUGGCUAUGUACGGAGUAAGCUUGCAACCAGCUCGGGACAGUGAAGGAGUAGAUAUAAUGCUCGGAGUUUGCUCUUCAGGAAUACUUGUCUACAGGGAUAGAUUGAGGAUCAACAGGUUCGCGUGGCCCAAGAUCAUCAAGAUCUCUUACAAGAGGAACGGGUUCUACAUCAAGAUCAGGCCGGGGGAGUUCGAACAUUUCGAGUCCACCGUCGGGUUCAAGCUCGAGAAUCAUAAGGCUGCUAAACGAUUGUGGAAAAUAUGUGUGGAACAUCAUUCCUUCUUCCGUCUCCUAAGUCCAGAUCCAAAGGAGAAACCUAAGUUUCCUAGAUUCGGUUCCAGGUUCCGAUACUCCGGAAGGACCCAGCACCAGGCUAAGAAAACCAUCAGUACCAUGGAUCGUUCUAACCCAGCCUUCGAGAGAAGUAAUACUCAUGUCAGACCUAAUAGUACUCUCUCGUCACAAUCUAUGACAGGUAUAUCUCCACGGCACAAGGGGGUCGAGGAUGAAAACAACGCGGUAAACAAGAGACACACAAUGGGACAUCCGCUUCCCGACGAGGUGCAAAGAGAGCUGGAGGAGGCUCAAAAUGAGAGGCUGAACAGAAGUGUUGAGGAUAGAGGAUCCUUUAACAGGAGUCAGGAGGAUCGAGGUUCCUUUAAUAGGAGUCAGGAGGAUAGGGUGUCUCUCCAGGCACCUUUCAAGGUACACCCCACCCCCCUCGUUCCUUGAAUAGGAGUCAGAAGAAUAGGGUGUCUCUCCAGGCACCU